CAGUGACCUGUGAUCUCCCUGCUGCACUCCAGCAGCCUGGGCAACAGCAAGACUCUGUCUCAAAAAAAAAAAAAAAAAAGAAAACUUUGGAGUACCCGAGCCUACUAUGCGCCAAAAGUGUGUUGUAGGCAAGUGGCACGUAGGAUCUAUCAGCAAGUAGAAGAGAAAAGCCAAAACACGCACUGUGUUGCACACCACUCAGAACUGGUGAAUGAAUUUAGAAUUUAAAAUGCUUUCUAAUUCACUAACUAGUUAAUUCAAUAAAUAGGAGCAGGUAGGAGGCGAUCCAUUUUAAUUUGGGAAAAACCCUCACAAAAACCCUCGCCUGAAAAAUAGGCUGUUUUACUGCAGUUGGGCUCUGUAAUUCUUGUAGCAGUCAGCUGAGUCUCACCUGACUUAGGAGAGUUAAGCCUAUCUGCAUUUAACUCUCCAGAAGUCAAUCCUCAAGCACGGUAAAAGAGGGAACUAAUUUAAGUGGUGUGGAAGAAGGGCCCCGGGCCCCUCUUUGUCCCGGCUCAUCCUGUAUUCACAUAUAUUGACAAUCAUGUGUUCUGUACUUUACCAACUAAGGGCUUUCCCAGGGAUACUUUCGACAAUUUUUUCCAUGUGAUGUUAAUGUAAUCGGUCAUAUAAUAGCUCUUGCUAGGAACUAUACACAGCUUCCCUCAUUUAAUUCUCUAUCCUAUCAAAUUCAAUCACAACCAAUUACAGAAAUUACCUGUCAAGCAGGUAAAAAGAGGCUUCUAGCUCAAAGCCCCACUGCCUUCGGGUCCCUCCUUUUAGCUCUCUGCUAAUUUCGGACUCGCGUGGAUCUCUCGCUUGCGGUCCCCGGCGCUUAAAGAGAUACCUUACAAAAAACGGUGCACGGACUUGGCCACUCGUGCCCCUUCUUUCUUCCUCCGGCGCCUGCCCCCCUCCACGUCCCGCCAUCCUCCCGGGUUCCCCUCUUCCCCCAGCGCUCUCGCACCCGCGAAGCCGAUGGAGCAGGCGGCUGCGCCGAAAGUCCCGUGCACCCUGGCGAUAGUGUCCCGUACGAGGCUGCUCAGAACUCGGUCAUCGAGGCUUAGGCGGCAGCGGGGGUCGUCAGACACCAAUUCGCAGAGCAGGUACCUGCGGCAGGCGAGAGGAAGGUGGGCGCUAGCGGCGCCGCGGAGACCUGGCAAGGCACUGGGUGGGUCUGGAAGGGAAUGCUUACCUGUGCUUGAACCGCACCAUGGCUGCCUCCGCGCCGUCGGUGCCGGUGUGCAAACCGGAUGUGGGUUGCGUCCGUGGCCAGUGGGAAGCUUACUUCCGCAGCCUUUCAGCCAUUCAGAGAAGGAGACAGAACACGUGGGCGGAGCUAGAAAGUUGAGAGGCAGAACUCUGUGUCAGUCUCCCUCAAGCCCCACCUAACUCUGCGUUUGUAAGCGCGCAUGCGUCCUGCGGAGGGUCUCUGACUAGUUUGAGGGCUGAACUUUGGAUUGGAGCGGCUUGGAGCGCUUGCAGCUGCGAUGGUUGGGUUUGCUGCACACCGGAGUUUACAAUACUGUGUAGGAUGCAACCGCUGCCCCUGGGGCCCUGGGAACCUUGCAGCACAGGCACAGCCCCGGGAGGAAGCACAUUGGCGCGGCCCGCGGCCUCCCAGUCUUGGACCAGGCCCGGCCCCUUCUGGCCUCGGACGGUGCAGACGCCUGAGGUGGCCGGGCGGGCGGGCGGGCUGGAGCGUUGGCGGCGCGGCGGGCUCCCCGCGGUAAUUAGCCUGCGCCGGCUCAGGCUGCGCCAGCCGCUAAUUACAAGUCUCCUAAUGAGGCCGGCGGCUGUUUGCAAUCACCCGGGUCCCCGCUGCGCGGCGCGGGAGGCCGCGGGGGAAUCCGCCCGCGGAGGCGUAGAGGAGGAGCAGCCGCCACCCCCUGGGCCCGGAGAUGCGCUGGACGACGACAGGGGUGUGCCCCGGCCGUGCCCGCCCCCGGAAUGCUGGCCGCGAAGGGGCAGCGGCGGGGGCUCACACCCCAACCCCUCCUCGGUUCUCUCCCGAGCCGGGCCGCAGAGCCAUUAUCCUCCCCGUCGCACGGGUGAGGAAGCCGAUGAGGCUCUGAGAGGUGAGUUCACCCAGGUGCACAAUAGAGCGCAAUCCACGUCUGUCUGACCCCAACUUGUGCCCUUAGCCGAGUCAGGUACCCCCUGGAUCAAUGGGGUGGUCGCUGUUGUCCUUACUGUUAGUAUUGUUACAGUCGUCUUGGGACUUUUCAGAUUCUUU